UAUCGUUGAUAGAUAUUAGUAAUAACAGAUAAUAUUUAUUGGUUACAUGUGAAAGUCGCAUCUUGAAAUUUAGCGCGUUUCAGCAGACAAUUUUUUUUCUAAUUGUCAACAAAAUUAUAUAUCACACUACGCGUACACAUUGGCGGUGUUCUGUUAUUAUUACUUUUGAUGCUACAAGAAAUGAAGUUUUACUAAACUUCAAGAGAAUAACUCAAAUAUAUCAGCUUUUACAUACUAAAUCACCGAUUUCAUCAGGAUUGACAAAACGUGAAUUGACCCUUUGCGAAUAGUGUAUGAUUACUAAUGCGUUGAGUUUGAUAAUGAUACUCGCACAAAUGAUAAAUUAUCAAGUUAAAUAUAGUUUUUAGUUUGUAUUUUCAAAUGUGAUCGAUAGAAAAAUGUUUAACAGUUCAUGACAGCCGAUUGUAAUCUAUUCCAGAAGCACUAAAUUUUUUGUUACCAAUGUGUCAAAAAGAAGAGUCAAUCAUUGAGAAAUUCAAUACUGACCUUCACCUUUCCUAUACAAAUUCCUCACUUGCUGCAUCAGCAAUCAGGCACUUACUAGACAAUGGAGCAAGUCUCAAAGUUAAAGACAAAAAUGGAAAUAGUUUGUUACACUUAGCAGUAAAGAAUGACAUCAAAGAUGUAGUUAACUUACUUCUACACAGAGGAGCUCCUGUGAAUGAUCAGAAUGAAAAUGGUAGAACACCUUUGCAUAUAGCUGUCGAAUGGGGAAGAGAAGAAAACAUAAAGCUUCUUUUGAAAAAUGGGGCAAAUAUCAAUGCCAAGGGUAAAGACGGUAGAACAGCUCUUCAUCUUGUUGUUUGGAAAGAUGUUUACUUUUAUGGCAAAAAGAUUGUUGGAAGAUUUGACAAAAUUACAAAAUUACUACUUAGAAAAGGAUCUCAUAUUGAUGAAUGCGACAAUAUCCAACAAACUGCCCUUUUCACUGCUGUUAUUGCAAAAAAAGUUCAAACUGUACAGUUACUUCUGAACAAUGGGUCUAAAAUUAAUAGAACAGAUCAUUGUAGUAUGACUCCACUUCAUUAUGCUGUUAUUUCUGGUAAUAAAGAUAUUGUGAAAAUCCUUUUGGAUAGAGGAGCAGAUAUCUUAGCAAAGGAUAAUGUUGGAAGUAGUCCACUUCAUUUUGCAGUUGAACGUAACAAUGUAGAGAUAGCAAAGUUUCUAUUGGAAAAAGGAUCAAUUAUUGAUGAUAUAAGAAGAGAUCGUUACACAGCUUUACACAUUGCAGUAGAUCUUGGGAAAGAAGACAGUAUUAUACUUUUAUUGAAUGAAAAUACGAAUGUUAAUGCAAAAGAAGAAAGUGGCAAAACUUCAUUACACUUAGUUGUAAGAAAAUGUUUGCAAGGUAGUACCAAAGAAGAGGUUCAAAAAUUCAAAAGAAUAGCAAAAAUGCUCUUGAUAAAAGGAGUCAACAUUGAAAGUGUUACAGAUACUGGUCAGACUGCAUUGCAUACUGCUGUAUUAGCACGUAAUAAAGUAAUGGUAAAAUUAUUAUUAGAGCAUGGGGCAAGCAUUAACAGUAAAAAUAAUUAUGGAGAGACACCACUUUACUGUGCUGUAAAGUCAAAAAGUGAUAGAGUACUUCUUUUUCUACUGAAAAAAGGUGCAGAGGUAAAUGUGAAAAGAAAUGAUGGCAGAACAGUUUUACAUGCGGCUGUUGAAACAGAAGACAUGAAUAUAAUUUAUAUUCUUUUAGAACAUCAUGCAGAUAUAAAUAUUAAAAAUGAUCAAGGUAAAACACCCCUAUCACUUGCUAUUAUGACAGUAAAUUAUACCUGGCUGUCCGAAUUGUUAGCAAUGUAUUUGGCAAAAUUAACUACUAAACAAAUAUGUGAAGAAAAUUUAAAAUUGCUUAUAAGUAGUGAAAAAUUAAAUACAUUUUAUAAUAGCUGUCUACUAGAAAUCAAUAACAUGAAGCAGCAUAAAAUUUGUUAUAAAAUAACAAUUUAUAAUGUUCUAAGUAAACCUGAGAGAAACUUAGGAGCAUAUGCAAGAAGUCAAAACUUAGUUAGAUUUUUUAAAUCUAAUGAAUAUAAACUGCAAUAUCCAAUUUAUUGUACAAUUUUAAGAGAACGAUUUUACAAAGGCUUAGAGAGAAAAGAACUAUUAGAUCUAGUAGAAUAUUCCUUGAAUUUUUUGUGGAAGUAUUUUAAUCUGAGUGAUCCUUUGAUACAACAUAUUUUGUAUUACUUAAGCUUUGAAGACUUGCAAUUUAUGGCAACGUCUAUUUAGAAUGAAAAAUAAUAUUGUAAAUGAAUCAUUAUCAAAUUAUUAUUAGAUAGUUAUGAGAAAUAUAAAUAUUCUAAUCUAUAAUUCAUUUGAUUUUUUCAAAUAAUUCUAUUUACAAUUAUCUGCUAUA